GUUGGUGGGUUAUCCAAAGGACCGACGACGACGGCAAGGACCAUCAUGAGCGGCGUCGACAUCGAGGCCAAUGCCAGCAGCUCCGAUGUGAUCCGAGAAGGCGACACGGUGGUGUGCUACACAAGCGACGAUCGCGUGUUCUUCCAGGAGAUCCUGCCUCGCAUGACCAUUCGAAUUGGCAAGGUCCAAAUUCCUGUCAAGUGUGUCGUCGGGUUCCCAUUCGGCUCGAUCUUUGAAGAAAAGGAGAAGACGUUGGUGCCGGUGGAAGGCGGGUUGUUUCCUGACCCGGUCGCGCCGGAAGUGGGCGAGUUCGAAGUGCCCACGAAUGACAACCGCAGCUACACCGACACGAACGACUCGCAGAAAUUGAGCAACGUCGAGAUCGCGGAGCUUCGUGCACAAGGCGUGAACGGGUCGGCGCUCAUUGCCAAGCUCGUGGAGAAUUCCGACACGUGGGACACCAAGACUGACUUUUCCAAGCAAAAGUACCUCAAGAAGAAGCAGCAAAAGUAUAUGCCACGCAUUCAAAUGGUCCGUUGCACAGCAAUGGCCCUGUGUGACGUGUACCACGUGCGCCAGCCGUCGAAGAUUUUGAACUUGCGCUUCGACAUCAUUGGACAAAUCCUGAGUUACGGCAAUAUCUACGCAGGCGCUCAAGUGAUGGUGGUGGAGACGUGCAUGGGGCUCAUCACCGGAGCUAUUGCCGAGCGAAUGCUGGGCCAUGGGACCUUACUGGCUGGAUACGAAGGGCAACAGCCGUCCGUCGACACGAUUCGCCGCUUCAAUUUCGACCAAGCCGUCAACGACAGCAUCGUGUACUUUCCGUUCCAUUACAUUGGCCAGCUCGACAACGACGAAGCGGCGUUGGUUGCCAAAGAAGCUGCUUUGAACGAAGAAGAACAGCCGUCGGAGGACGUUUUGGAAGCCCGCAAAGCGGAAGUCGCAGCCCGCAUUGCCAUGUACACGGAAGCCGAACAGAAGAAAUACCUGGCCAAAAAGGAACAACGCAAGCUCAAACAGCGCCAAGCCAAGCCGAAAAAAACACCCAGCGACAUUCGAGCCCUCUUGCGCGCACCUUCCGAUAGCUUGGUGAUUGUGACCCACUACGAUCCGCUGGUGGUGCUUCUCCAGUUGUUGCCCCGACUCGGCCUUUCGCGGCCGUUUGUUGUGUACUGCGAAUACCUUGAGCCUCUCGCGACGGCAUUCGAUGCGUUGCAGCGCAUGGAAUCCAUAAUCAAUCUGCAAUUGAAUGACACGUGGACGCGGGAGUACCAGAUCCUGCCGGGUCGCACGCACCCAGAAAUGACGAUGAGCGCCGGCAGCGGCUACCUCCUCUCGGGCAUCAAAGUCGAAGCCACACCGCCGCCGCCGCACUUGGCAGACUUGAAGGUGCUUCCUCGACGCACCAACGGCCCCAAGAAGCCGCGAACACGGGAUUAAGAAUCAUUCAAAUAGAAAGCAUUGUCCACGUGGCCAUGAGCCCGCCCUACUCAAGGUCACAGCUCUUGCCCUGCGAAAAAGCGAGUUGGGUUCCUGAGCCGCGAGAGACUGUACGAAUUGGCUGAAGUGGUUCGGCCACGCGGCGGAUCACGGUCUCUGGGACGCCUGGACGGGCGAAGCGCGGUUGAGGUGCUGCGCAGAACACAAUCCAGUCCCAGCGAAGCCAUCGACAGCCUGUCCAGCACAACCCUGUGGUGGUGUUUGGUGCGAGCUCCUCCACAUCGCUACCGCAGCCGCCGAAUUCGACGACCAACAUGUACAACAUGAUGGCCAACCUAUGGAGCAAUGCAGGUUCGUACCACAGAGUCAGGAUGUGCAGCGGCUAGAGGUGGCAUUCCAUGGCCUUGCGAGGGCCCAAGGCAGCUCGAGUGUGAGUAAAAAUAUGUUUGUUAGCUUG